AUGGUUUUCAUUAAAUUCAAUUCAACCAUCCCUUCCGCAGUUGAGAAACUAAUUCCUUCAACUCAAUCCCACUCUCCUCCACCAUUGCAGCGUGGUAGCCCACAAGGUUCCCAACUGAGGUUGGUGGCAAUGGUGGCACAACCCGUUUGCGUCUCUGCGCACUUCCAAGCUUUGAUGAAUGUGCCCAAAGUUGGCACAUCAGCAAGCUUGUGUGACACGCAAACAUCUAUUGCCAAUCCACCACACUCAAAGAAAUGUAGCAUCCCUGUGGCUGCUUCAGGGGAUCCAAUCAAAAUGUGGAGGCAUGAUUUUAGUAUGUCGAAAUUGGGUUGGUCAAGGAAGGUUGAGACAAGGGCGUUGACUCGAGCUUCAACAUAG